AUGAGUCUUCCACCAGGGUAUAGGGUUACCGGUGAAACGGGGAACGUGUGCAAAUUGAAAAAGGCGUUGUGCGGUUUAAAGCAGUCUCCUCGGGCAUGGUUCGGCAGAUUUACCACAGCUAUGAAGAAGUUUGGUUACCGACAGGCUAAUACUGAUCGUACUCUAUUCAUUAAACAUAGGGCUGGUAAGGUGACUUUGUUGAUUAUUUUUGUUGAUGAUAUGAUUGUGACUGGUGAUGAUACUGUAAAAAUUGAGGAACUGCAGAAACGUUUAGCAUCUGAAUUUGAGAUGAAAGAUUUGGGCAGUCUGAAAUAUUUUCUAGGAGUGGAAGUCACUCGAUCUAAACAUGGCUUAUUUCUUUCACAAAGUAAGUAUGUCAUGGACCUGCUAGCAGAUACUGGAAUGCUUGACUGUAAACCAGAUGAUACACCUAUUGUUGAGAAUCAUAAACUUGGUGUUUAUGUGGAUCAAGUCCCAACUAACAGAGAAAGAUAUCAAAGUGAGGAUCAUAUGGCUGUUGUGAUGCGUAUUCUGAGUUAUUUAAAGUCUGCUCCUGUGAGAGGUUUAUUAUUUAAGAAAAAUGGUCACUUGGAUCUGGAAGGUUACACUGACGCAGAUUAUGUCGGGAAUAUUACAAAUAGACGUUCUACAUCAGGUUACUUCACCUUUGUUGGUGGUAACCUAGUUACGUGGCGUAGCAAGAAGCAAAACGUUGUGUCUCAGUCCUCCGUAGAGUCUGAGUAUAGAGGGAUUGCCCAAUGGGUUUGUGAAAUACUGUGGUUGAGGUGGUUACUUGCUAAAAUUGGGUUUAGACCGAAUGCUGCUACAAAGCUCCACUAUGAUAAUCAGUCUGCAUUUGAAAUUGCUAACAAUCCGGUGCAACAUGAUCGAACUAAGCAUGUAGAAGUUGAUCAGCAUUUCAUUAAGGAGAAGCUGGAGCAUAAGUUAAUUUCUAUACCUUUUGUGCCUUCUUCAGAGUAUCUUGCAGAUAUGUUGACCCAUGCUAUGUCAAAGAGCCGAUUUGAAGACUCACUUGACAAGUUGGGCAUUACCGAUAUCUAUGCACCAACUUAA